CAAUAGACGCCACGCCGUCGCCCCCGUGUUACUGGGUAGAACAAAACAAAAACAAACAGAGCGAGCGGGGCCAGAGGCGCUCCGAGGCAGCGGCGGCGGAGGCUGAGGAACGGGGUCGGGGCCCGGCGGACCGGAGACCCGGGCGAGCGGCGGCGGCCCGAGGGGAUCCUCAAGGAAGACUUGCAUUUAGUAAGUUGUGUAUAAUCAGUGCAAGCGAAAUUAAGGAAAAAUGGAUAUAGAAAAUGAGCAGACACUGAAUGUGAACCCCACUGACCCUGACAAUUUAAGCGACUCUCUCUUUUCUGGAGAUGAAGAAAAUGCUGGCACUGAAGAAAUAAAGAAUGAAAUAAAUGGAAAUUGGAUUUCCGCAUCUACUAUUAAUGAAGCUAGAAUCAAUGCAAAAGCCAAAAGACGACUGCGGAAAAAUUCAUCCCGGGACUCUGGCCGAGGAGACUCAGUCAGUGACAAUGGAAGUGAAGCGGUUAGAAGUGGAGUUGCUGUGCCCACCAGUCCAAAAGGAAGGUUGCUAGAUAGGCGGUCCAGAUCUGGGAAAGGAAGGGGGCUGCCAAAGAAAGGUGGUGCAGGCGGCAAGGGUGUCUGGGGCACACCUGGACAGGUGUAUGAUGUGGAAGAGGUGGAUGUGAAAGAUCCAAACUAUGAUGACGACCAGGAGAACUGUGUUUAUGAAACUGUAGUUUUGCCCCUGGAUGAGACCGCAUUUGAGAAGACUCUAACACCAAUUAUACAGGAAUACUUUGAGCAUGGAGAUACAAAUGAAGUUGCGGAGAUGUUAAGAGACUUAAACCUUGGGGAGAUGAAGAGUGGCGUGCCGGUGUUGGCAGUGUCCUUAGCCUUGGAGGGGAAGGCCAGCCACCGGGAGAUGACAUCCAAGCUGCUUUCUGACCUUUGCGGGACGGUGAUGAGCACAAAUGACGUGGAAAAGUCAUUUGACAAGUUGCUGAAGGAUCUCCCUGAGCUAGCCUUGGACACUCCUAGGGCACCGCAGUUGGUGGGCCAGUUUAUUGCUAGAGCUGUUGGAGAUGGAAUCUUAUGUAAUACCUAUAUCGAUAGUUACAAAGGAACUGUAGAUUGUGUACAGGCUCGAGCUGCUCUGGAUAAGGCUACUGUGCUCCUGAGUAUGUCCAAAGGCGGGAAGCGGAAAGACAGUGUGUGGGGAUCUGGAGGCGGGCAACAGCCUGUCAAUCACCUUGUUAAAGAGAUUGAUAUGCUGCUUAAAGAGUAUUUACUCUCUGGAGAUAUAUCUGAAGCUGAACACUGCCUUAAGGAACUGGAAGUACCUCAUUUUCACCACGAGCUUGUAUAUGAAGCCAUUGUAAUGGUUUUAGAGUCAACUGGAGAAAGUGCAUUCAAGAUGAUCUUAGAUUUAUUAAAAUCCUUGUGGAAGUCUUCUACUAUUACCAUAGACCAAAUGAAAAGAGGCUAUGAGAGAAUUUACAAUGAAAUCCCAGACAUUAAUCUGGAUGUCCCACACUCAUACUCUGUUCUUGAGAGAUUUGUGGAGGAAUGUUUUCAGGCUGGAAUAAUUUCCAAACAACUCCGUGAUCUUUGUCCAUCAAGGGGAAGAAAGCGUUUUGUAAGUGAAGGAGAUGGAGGCCGUCUUAAACCUGAGAGCUACUGAGCACAGCAACUCUUACAGUCUUAGGUGUUACCAAGAACAGAUCUCAACUCAGCCCGAGACCCAAGCGCUUGUGAGGCAUACCUUGUUUUGGAAGGACUUCUCGGAACAUCGACUUCACUUCUGCCAUCUGUAAAGUGCUGGAUGCAGUCUUUUGCGCCUUCGAUGAGAAAUCAGUUACCAACAUGACAAUUCUCCAGGAACUAGAGACCAUAACUGAAACCACAAUUCCUACAUUAUCUGCACGGAUUUCUCAUUAGUUUUCUGUGAUCCUCUUCCCUGAAAAUCGGUGAGGUGUUUUAUGUGUACAUAGAUCUUGUCAAUUUCUUUUUUUUUUUUUUUGGUUUUUCGAGACAGGGUUUCUCUGUAUAACUCUGGCUGUCCUGGAACUCACUUUGUAGACCAGGCUGGCCUCGAACUCAGAAAUCCGCCUGCCUCUGCCUCCCGAGUGCUGGGAUUAAAGGCGUGCACCACCACGCCUGGCUGAUCUUGUUAAUUUCUAUUCAGUAUUGAGAAUUGGAAUAUCAAACAUUCUAGCUUCCCAUCUUAGAAAAAAUUUUGUUUGCCUUUUAAAAAAAAUUAGUUGAGAAAAGACAUUUUAUAUAUAAGUCAUCUUGGUUUACUGAUUGCUUCUCCUGAAGAGAGACACUACCAACAUAAUCACCGUCUGAAAAGGGAGGCAGAGAAACGGAGGUAACCGCAAGCAAUUCCUAACACUGUUUUUCAGGAAUAUAUUUUGAAAUUCUUUACAGUCAUUGACGUUGUCUGUGUGAGGCUGUCGGAUCCUCUGGGACUGGAGCUACAGAUAGUUAUGAGCUGCUCUUAACCACCGAGCCAUCUCUCCAGCCCCCAACAUUCUUAAACAGGUUAUUUCUACUUUUCAAGUCCUUUGCUAUAUAGCAGGAAAUACCAUAACACUCAGUUCCUGAAUGCACAGCUGUAAUAUGUAAGGAAGCAGCACAGUGGGUCAGAAACCUACAGAAUAGAGAUAGAAAAGUGUGCUUCUAGCAGGAGUCCUACUGAGAUGCUAGAUGAUAAAAGAACAGGCUACCCUCUUAUAUUAGUAUUGUUAGGGCUAUCUAUGCACAUGUUACUUGCAUAAAGAAACCCUUGUUCCAGAUUACUGCUAUACUCUAUGCUCUAAGCAUUGUGGAUCAAGUUGUAGAAUGAUGUCUUCUAAAUACCCUUCCAGACAGUGCCACCCAGUUAGUGAUGUUUGACCACACUGAUGCAACCUUACUAUAUGUCUUUCACAACAUUACCACCAAGACUUAAUAUUUAUAAAGUAAUGCUGGCUUGGUGCCUGCCUUUCCCACCCACUGCAAAUUAAUUAUAGCCAAGUGAAGCUGCUUCUGUUUUUUGUCAUUCUUGUUUCACUACUUUGACAUUCCUAAUAAAAGGAUACUUUGUAUCCUUCAAGCUGGUUCUCCUCUCAUUCAAAUUACUCUGGAAUGUCUUGGUUCCCAGGAAACCUCUCUCUGCUUUGCAGAACUUAUCUUCAGACUUUAUUCCUGUUCUCUGUGCUCUGUGAGGGCGAGAUGAUGAUGUCAGGAACAGGCCAGGAAAGCAAAUGCUCAUAAAUUGAGUAUGAGGUAAGUCUACUAUGCAAUUUCUUUAGAAUGCACAGUCCUAUGACAUUUCUUCCUUGCUAUUUACGCCUGGUACCUAAUAAUCACAACCUUUUUCCUUGGGUUGAAGGCUAAUAGCAUUGCAUAGCACCAAUUAAACUGAAUAUAACCACUGAACCCCCUAAACUUUUCAUUGACAAUAUUACAGUGUAAACACUGUGUCUGAGCUGGGCAAUGGCAGCAGGCACAGUCCUUUAAUUCCAGCCCUUGGGAAGCAGAGGCGGGUGGAGCUGGAGGCCAGCGUGGUCUUCAGAAUAAGUGUCAGAGCAGCCAGAGCUACAACCGAAAAACCCUGUCCUGUGCCUGCAUCAGGUCCGGAUCUGUCUGUCAUGGGUAUGACUGGCUUUGAGAAAAGGAAAGCAUAGUAACUUUUCAUACCUAUCACCAAGAAGCUCCCAUCACAGGCUAAGUUGUAGCUGGUUACAGAAUGAGCAGCUCUAGCUUUGUGUGAGUAAAUCACUACCCACUGUUUUCCUUUAGUUUGUACCUCUUACACACAUCUGAAAUACAGCCCAAGGAAAAGUGAAACUUGAUGUUCAUUUCUCUGACUGAACCACUGUAAGUGAAAAGGGUGUGGGGCUAAAGGACUGUCAGAGAAUGCUUUGGGUCUGGUGUGGGUAAGAUCAGUGCCCUCAUUUGCUAAGGCAGUUUCUCCUUUAGUGGGACUGAUUUCUUGUUCUAGGCUCCUUAGGCCUUGACAGGAGAGAAACAGGAAGGGAAGGGCUAAAAUAAGCAAGGUGGAGAUCCAAUGGCCAGCACUGGCCAGGAUCCACAGUUUUCAUAAUUAACUGCCUUGGAAAUCUAGAAUAGGAAGAAACAUUAAUUUUUUUUCUCCUAGCAGUCUUCUAUUAGCCAAAGGAACGUGUUUUAAGGUGUAGUGUUUUCUAAGGAGUUGUGGCUACUUCUAAAUAUUAUCAGUGUAGGUAAGAUAUGUACAAAACCAGAGGCAGAUGGAUCAAAAGAGAAAAUUGACAAACAACUAUUACUGAAAUGUGUUUUGAAAAACUGCCAUGACCAAUUCAGUAAAUGAGGGCCUACCAUGUGUCAGACGAAUGUUCAUCAGUGAACAAAAAUCUGUUGCCUUUUGGACUCUACAGCAGGGGAUAAGGGAAGAGAAACAACAGAAGGUAGUUAAGUACUGCCGAUAAAAGUUUAAACUGAGAAAUGCUGGAAGAGGGUAAUCCAGCUGUAAGAAAAUCAUAAUGGUCCCAUUAGGGUGGCCCUUAAGCAAAGUCUUUAGUGUGUGGGUAUAUGUGCUAAGCCUUAGAAUUGUAAACAAGUCAAAAGCCUGUUAAUUUCCAUAGUGAGAAGGUUUAGGGAAAUGAGCAGCCUGUUUAAACUUUUUUAAAAGAGCUACUUUGCUGUACCCAUUAAACCAAACAUUUACUGCAAUAAAAUGAGAGUAGACUGCUUGAGAAUAGGGGUGCCCAUUCGGCACUGCAGUGACGAUGACACUAACGAGAAAAUCUUCAGCAGUACUGAGCCACUGAGUCACCAGUUGGCCAAGCGUUAACAUAUGAUGGGCUAUGCACUGACUAGAAUAUUAUCUUAGAUGAAAAACAACUGUCCAGAUUGCGAUGGACAAUUAAGAAAGAGAUAUUAAAAUGCAGGAGUAAACUUACUGUGCUGCAACCUAAAUUUUUAAUACCCAACUAAAUGCUAUGUCAGUAGACCAUUGUUUGAAGCUCUUAGGGUGAUUUUUUUUUUUUUUAAAGUCUGUAAUCUACUUCAGAGAAUGUCGUUCUGACUGGGCAGUACAGUUCACAAUCCUGAGAAGGUAUGGAAACAACCAUAGUACUGGAUUGACUAAAGUGAAUGUAAGAGAACUCAAAGGAAGACAAAACCUUUGUCAUUAAGAUAUUUUAUUGUUUUUGGAGUGUUGAAAGACUUGUCUAAGAAAUAGACAGCUUUCAAAAUCAAUCCUAUGUGUGGACAAAGUUGGAAGUCCUUGAGUAGAAAGAGAAGAUCUCUAAAGUGUCCCCCCUAACCGUAUGAAAGCAUGCUGUCUUUAGACUCUUACCUGUAGUCUUAGUAUUUUGGAGAAACUAGAUUCAUCACUUUACAAAUUUUUUUUGUUUUGUUUUGUUUUGUUUUUUGGCUUUUUUCAAGACAGGGUUUCUCUGCGUAGCUCUGGCUGUCCUGAAACUCACUCUGUAGACCAGGCUGGCCUCGAACUCAAGAAAUCUACCUGCCUCUGCCUCCCAAGUGCUGGGAUUAAAGGCGUGCACCAUCAUGCCCGGCUUUUUUUUUUUUUUUAAAGAUUUAUUAUUAUUAUUAUAUCUAAGUACACUGUACCUCUCUUCAGAUGCACCAGAAGAGGGCGUCAGAUCUCAUUACGGAUGGUGAGCCACCAUGUGGUUGCUGGGAUUUGAACUCAGGACUUUCAGAAGAGGAGUCAGUGCUCUUAACCACUGAGCCAUCUCUCCAGCCCCCACUUUACACAUUUUCAAAGUGACAAACAUUUUUCAUUUCCACACUUUAACAUGAAUUUUUAAAAUAUUCAAUGUAAACAGCAAUUUGGUAGCUAACAUUCUAAAAUAAAAAUGAAGUUCUUUCUUAGAAAUUUUAUAUUCAUACCUAGACCUCUUUAUUUCUGUCACAAUUUUAAUCUAACAUAACAUUUUCAUGCUUGAUAUUUGAUCAUACUAUUAUAUUAUCUGGCUAUAAAAAUUUAUAAAUUUAAAUUAUAACUUUAAAGUAUACACCAUGCAUCUGUUAGUAAGAAGGCCUUUCUCAGUAUGUCCCUGGAUACAUGUCUGAGAAUUUAUUUGGAUUGCCACAGUCUGAUGUUUUACAUUUAUACAUGCAUGAGUACUAAGAUCAGAAUGGAAAUUUUUUUUUGUUUAAGUUUUGAACAUUAUAUAACUAAAAGUCAUAGUGAUCUAUCAUGAAUAAGUAGUUUUAAAAAACAGAUUUAUUUUUAUUUUAUGUGUACUGGUGUUUUGCCUGCAUGCGUGUGAAGUUGCUAGAUCCCCUGGAAUUGGAAUUGCAGAUAGUUGUGAGCUGCCAUGUGGGUGCUGGGAGUUGAACCCAGGUCCUCUGGACGAGCAACCGAUGCUCUUAGCUACUAGGUCAUUUCUCCAGUCCCAUUAAUAAGUUUUAACGAACACUAACUAGUAAGUUAAGAUUUAACCAUUACCAUGCCAGGCAAGGGUUCUACCAUGAGCUGCAUUUCUAGUGCAGUUAUGUGUCCAUCAGUAGUUUUGGAAACUGAGCACUCGGCAGUCUUGUCAAAGCUCAGCCCCCUCUAAUAAUCCCAAGUCCUCAGUCUUAUUAAGAGCUUUAUUUACUUAUUGUUUUUGGCACCUAAGAGACUUUUGCUCCUUGAAGCAUUUAAUCAUAGUAAAAUUGUACAUUGAGUAGAAAAUGCCCUUAUUUUGGGUAGGUGAUUGUGAAGGGAGGGGUACGUGAGAUGAUUCUCAGGGAGUCCAGCAUCAGAGCCUGAGAGUGGAAGUUAAUGUCUGCACGGCCAUGAUUCUUAGCCUUGCUGCCUCUGUCCUGCCCUGUCUUUAGUGUCUUGAAGCACACGUGGACCCUGGCACACAUACUUCUGAACUGUACAAUAAAUCACAUGAUGUUGUCUUAUAGAUAGUAAUAGACUACCUGAGAGAAUUUUAUAGUUUCUAAAAUUUGAGAUAGCCUGGAAAGGAAAGAAGUUACAUUUCCCUUUUUCACACCAAGACUCUCUUGAAACCUCAAUAUACUAAAGUAUGUAAUGAAUCUGCAACAGGAGAACUGAAAAUGUAUUAUUUGCCAAACUUAUUUGAUCUUGGACUUGUUUCAAAAUACUUAUAUGGCACAGCAUCUAUUGCAACAUACUAGAUGCAUGUAUGAUAAGAUAUAACACCAUUACUUACAAAUAAAGCUAAUUUAAAAAUCAUAUUUUUUCUGAAUAAUUAAUAAAGAUCAAUUCAAGAUGG